AUGGAUAACCCUCGAGAGAUGGUUGCUAAGGAACGAGCUAUUUUGGAAAAGCAGCAAAGGAUUCUUCUAGGGGCCGGAACCGAAGUGCCCACUCCUGCAAAAUGCAUUGUUUUUUUACUUAGACUGGAGCCAAGCCCAUUGCCCGGAGGUCUAGGCAAGUGCAACAUCAUCAUCUGCAGAAAGGAAUGUGUGGACAUUCGACACUGUAUUGACUAUCGGCUGAUAAACCAACUGGCCAACCUCAUGCACUAUCCUCUGUCGCUGAUUGAUGCUUUUGAUCGGAAUGUAAUGUGGUGCCUAAGCCUGGUCAUGGCCAGUGGAUUCUGGGAUGUGCCUAUGGCUCGCAGAGCACAAUAUAUCUCAGUAUUCACUGGUUUACUGAUCUACCAACAGAUGUUGGAGGGCUGUAUUUGGGGUUUGGUGCGUCUUCCGGGUGAAGGGGAAACCAGGUGGAUCCAGAAGCCUUGGAAUUCGUAG